CAAGCCUCCACAGCCUCAUCGCCUCAUCACACAGCCCUACUGAUAGCCUCCACAUCCACGGCUGUUCAUUGGCACCAUUGACGUCAGACUGGACUUAGAUUUCCCAUUUGAACUACUUUCUCAGGAAAUGAAUGCAUUUUGGAGGAUGGUCAAACUUGCGUGAAACCUGUACGAAAAAAAUAUCAAACUCUUGUAGAAAACCUUUUAUGCAGUUUUUUUCUGGAAAGCAAAAGGCCAGUCUGUCCAUCUGGGGAUGGGGGGGUCUUGGAGUCGUGCUGUUCCUCAUCACCUUUGGACCAUUCGCCAUAUUCUACCUGGCCUUUUAUAUCUUCUGCUUCAUUGGAGGGGGCUUUGCGGUUACUCUGCUUUAUGGAAAGAUCAACUCAGAAAAACACCUGGAGAAGUGCGAACAGUCUUACUUGCCACCCACACAAAUUGGUAUCCCGAAGACAUUGGAUGAGAUGAAGCUGGAAAUGAAGCCGAUAAAGAUUGACAGGAGACUCACGGGCUCCAGUUUCAUAGAUGAACCACUACAGCAGGUUAUCCAGUUCGCUCUGAGAGACUACAUCCAGUAUUGGUACUACACUCUGAGUGAGGAUGAGUCCUUCUUACUGGAGAUCAGACAAACACUGCAGAACGCCCUCGUCCAGUUCUCCACACGGUCCAAAGAGGUGGACUGGCAGCCUUACUUCACCACUCGCCUAGUGGACGACUUUGCCACCCAUUUACGUGUCUUUCGAAAAGCCCAGGAUCGCCUCGCUGAAAGAGAGGACAAGCAAAGGGACAUCACAGAGGAGCUGGUGGACUCGUUCUUCGAGGCAGAGGUGGAGAUGGAGAGGAAGGUUUGUCGAGACGUAGUGUGCACCUCACACAAAGAUGAAGAAGGUUUUCUUCGGGACUUGUGCGAGUUGCUUUUGUAUCUGUUACUACCUCCUGGAGAUUUCCACAAUAAGAAUAUGAGAUACUUUCUAAGGGAGGUGCUAGCUCGUGGUGUGUUACUCCCUUUGAUCAACCAGCUGAGUGACCCAGACUACAUCAACCAGUUUGUCAUCUGGAUGAUACGGGACUCUAGUUGUAACUACGAGGCCUUCAUGAACAUCCUGAAGCUGACAGACAAACCUGCAGAGCUGGAGGCUGUGAAGGACAAGGUGCUGGAGGAGCUGCAGUACCUCCGCUCCCUGGACACCGCUGGAGACGACAUCAAUGUGAUUAAGAACCAGAUCAACAGUCUUUUGUUUGUAAAGAAGGUGUGUGAGACCAGGAUCCAGAGACUGCAGUCUGGGAAGGAGGUGGACGCCUUAAAGCUGGCGGCCAACUUCGGCAAGCUGUGUGUUAUCCCGCUGGAACACAUUCUGGUUCACAACAUAGCCCUGCAGUUCUUCAUGGACUUCAUGCAGGCUGCAGGGGCCCAGGCGGAGCUGUUCUUCUGGCUCACAGUCGAGGGCUACAGGGUGACAGCGCAGCAGCAGCUGGAGGCCAUGCAGGUCUGGCAGAAGGACGGCAAGAAGCAGCCCAGCACCACCAAAGGACUACUGAAGGCCGCCGCACUGGGCGUCUACGAACAGUACCUCUCUGACAAGGCAUCUCCCAGGGUGCAGGUGGACGAGGCGUCUGUUAUAAAACUCGGGGAGAAGUUGCAGAAAGACGACCCCACACCUGAGAUAUUCGAUGAAAUCCAGAGGAAGGUGUAUGACAUGAUGCUCCGUGACGAGCGCUACUACCCCUCCUUUAAACAGAGUCCGCUGUAUGUCCGCAUGUUGGCCGAGCUGGACAUGUUAAAAGAACCCAGUUACCGAGGGUCAGAUGACGGUGACGGAGAGUCCUUCAACGGCUCGCCCACAGGAAGCAUAAACCUAUCUUUGGACGACUUGUCCAACUCCUGCCAUGAUGAAACUAUGCACCUACAUGCCUUCAUCUCCGACACAGUACCUGACACUUAUCUCCCUGGCUUGCUGGGUGCUGCAGGGGUUUGUAACGACCACGGUAAGACGUACGCGCUCUACGCCAUCACUGUGUUCAGACGCAACCAGGAUGGCAGCGAGGACUGUUGGAAAACCUACCGCCGCUACUCAGACUUUCAUGACUUCCACAUGAGGAUCACUGAACAGUUUGAGAACCUGGCGUCCAUCCUAAAGCUGCCAGGGAAAAAGACCUUCAACAACAUGGACAGAGACUUCUUGGAAAAGAGAAAAAAAGACCUCAACGCGUACCUACAGUUGCUGCUGAACCCAGAGAUGGUGAAGGCCUGCCCAACUCUGAUUCCUUAUGUCUAUGACUUUUUGGAGAACAAGGCCUACAGCAAGGGCAAGGGAGAAUUUGCACGCAAGAUAGACACAUUUGUGAAUCCUCUAAGGAGUUCCAUGAGGAACAUGUCCAAUGCCGUGAAGGCCCUACCAGACAGUUUGGCUGAAGGCAUGACCAAGGUCUCAGACAACAUGGGCCGCAUGUCGGAAAGACUGGGCCAGGACAUCAAACAAUCCAUAUUCAAGGUGCCUCCACUCCUCCCCAAGUCUGAAAUCGACCCUGAACACUGUAGAGUCUCCGCCCAGCUGGAUGACAACGUGGAUGAAAACAUCCCACUGAGGGUAAUGCUGCUGCUAAUGGAUGAGGUGUUCGACCUUAAGGAGAAAAACCAGUGGCUGCGGAGGAACAUUAAAAACCUGUUGCAACAGCUCAUCAGAGCCACGUAUGGAGACACCAUCAACAGGAAAAUUGUAGACCACGUGGACUACAUGACCUCACCAGAGCAGGUGGCAGACUAUGUCAAAAAGUUCAGGGACUCCUACUGGCCCAAUGGAAUCCUGGCAGAGACGCCGCCCCGUCGAGACAAGAGCAUUCGCAUGAGGACACGAGUAGCGGCCAAGACCAGCCUGCUGGGCAUCAUGCCAGAUGAGCUGAAGCACAUCAUCGGGGCCGACACCACGCGGAAGGGCAUCCUCCGAGUCUUCGACAUGUUCCAGUACCAGCCAAUGAACCGUCGCCUCGUCUACGUUUUCCUGGAGGGUUUCCUGGAGACCAUGUUUCCCCAGUACAAAUUCCCCGAGCUCUUCGUCAAGCUGCACUCCCGCUCUCCGCGCAUCCACAGAUACAGCCAGAAACUGAAAACAUCCUCCCUGAAGAGGUGACAGGAGAGCACGGAGGCGACGGGACACGGGCCGACCACGACAUGAUCCAGACUCAAGAGCUAAGAGUGAGAGUGUGGGGAGUUUGAUGUGAACAUUGAGGUUGUGUUUGCGUGAUCUCUGCACCUCCGCUUGCCCCCCUCACGCUCUCUUUUCAGUGAAAACACUCCAACAAUCCAGCUGAUUCUUUCUGUUCAGGCAAAGGAAUCACACACUCUACCCCAUUACACUCUGACGCACACAUGCGCAAACACAAAUCCUCUCAUUUGCACCAAGACUGAAGUCUUUUCUUUUAGUCCUCCAACUUUUUUUUUUUUUUAGUUGUUUAGCUUUAGCUGGGCCAGGUAAUGCUGCUUUUUGUGGUCCAGGGAGAAGACCACCAAUACUGUAUUGUUUUUAACCUGCAGGCGUAGAUCUCUUAGACCCACACCUUGCCUUACCCUCCUACCCGCUUCCAUCUCCUUCAACCAUCUCUCAACUGUAGUCAACCCUCCUCUCAUGCUGUAGACAUUUAAUCUGCAAAAGCUGCACACUCGUGGACAUGCAAAUGAUAUUUGUUUUCAUAGAAACCAAAUAACGUCAAUAGCACUGGGUUAAGAGGCGCUGUUUUUAAAAUGUGACUGAACACGUGGGUCGAAAGGGCGAUUUUUAUUGUCAGCUUUUUUUUCUCAUCUUGAUGCUUCUCCGGUUUUGUGUUUGUCUUUCCAAAGCAUUGCAUUCUCUGUAGGCCACACCCCCUUUAAUGCUACUGUCCUAACCUGUGACCACCAAAGCUCACACACUGUUCUAUACAUCUGAUAUGUUGCGGGAUUACUGUGCUUCACCUCGUAAAGUGAAAAAGCGAAGGCGGCAGAGACCUUUACCCCCUGGGAGGCGAGACUGUGAGGGAAACACACAAAUGUGUUCCAGUCAGUUUCUGUGAUGAGGCUCAGCUCUGGCUGUCCGAGCGCACUGACAAGUACGCGUCAAAGAAUGUACUCUCUGGUCUGGGCUGUAUUUGGCUUGAGGAAUGUGUAUGAAUGGAUGUAUGUGUGUGUCUGAGUAUGUGUGUGUGAGUGUGUGAGAGUGCAGCACUAAGAUGCAACCCUUUGCAGUCAGAAACCGUGCCAGUGUGAGUUAGUGAACCAGCCUUAAAACUACAUACAGUAUAAACUGACCAAGAGACGCACGCUAGAGGUAGUUCUCCUUCACACCACUGAACGUUACAAGGAAAACAAGGUAGAGAUGUAUCCCGAAUCACUUUUAUUCAGAGAAAAUGUCUUUAAUUUUGUGCAAUAUUUUUUCUGUUUAAUGCAUUGCAUGUGCAUUUUGAAUCAUUGUAUACUGAGAAAAAAAAAAAAAGAAAUUAUAUUGUUUUAAUUGUAGAAAACAAGACCCCAAAUAUGUCUUCUUAUCCCAACAACUUAACAUUCCGUUGUUGUAAAAGAACUAUGUUUAUUUUACAGACUUGUUUUAUAAGUCUGAGUUUUUGUUUGUUUUGUUUGUUGUGUGCUGGGGGGUAUUUUCCAUUUAUUCCCCAUCCCACUCUUGCAGAAUCUGUGUUUUUGGGUGUCGAUGUGAGGCAGUGUGGUAGAGGUGUGUGUCUGUGUCCCAGCCUGACGUUCAGCUCGUCAGGUUAGUCAAUUCAGAGGCAGCCUCCAAACAACUGCUGGUUUUUAAACUCAGAAGUGGCGUUUUAUGCGUUCAAGCCGGUUCUGUUCAGACUUUUAUGAACUGACAGUUGAAGGGACACCCUCACCCUGCCCCGCCCCGGUCCGGUUCAGUCCGGUCCGGUCCUGCAGGCUGUCCCUAUCAGGUGACCCGACGGAAUCACUGCUAAUGAGCACUUACCGUAGCAACUGUGGGAGGACUUCUCCUAUUGGCUGAGUGGAACCCUCAUUUUGGCGACGGUGACUCCCUCGUCUGCUGUGAUUUGCUUGCACUGAGCAGCCCCUGGUGGACUCUGAUGGGCUCAGUGGGAGGAGAACUGGAGCCCCUGGCUGGGAGGCGGUUUUCAGUUGUCCCCACAUUGGACGAGGAGACGCCACCUUAAUCUUUCUGCACACCUCUCCAUACAGGAAGGCUUGUCUUUUGUUUUUUUAACCCCAGUAUAUAUGAAUCUAUGAUAAUGAAAAUCGUGCAUAUCUGUGUACAGUAUGUGUUAAUAGUGUGCCUAAAUGUACUGUCAACUCUAUUUUCAUAUUUUUCUUUAACCUAAAAAAAAAGUCAAUCAGAAUGUCAUGAUCAUUUUACGCGACUGAAAAUGACUAUAGGGUGUUUUUUUGCAUCAUGCUUAUCAAACUCUUCCUUGUGAGCCAGUGUGCUCAGAUCAGUAUAACACUAAUAAAAGGUAACUCAGACUAACUGA